GUGGCCUUCCGGAGCAUGGCGGGCGAGCAGAAGCUGCUGCAGCUUCCGCAGAACGCCUCGGUCUUGGAGGCCAAGAAGAUCUUGGAGGAUGAGAUGGGAAUUCCCUUCCUGGAGCAAAGGCUUCUGCAUGGCACGGCGAUCUUAGAUGACCAAGCCAAGCCCUUCCUCCAGAUCUCACAGGAAGCUGCGGAGCUUCAGGUCUUGCGACAGCCGCGGAUGACGUUGGAACAGUUUCGAAAGGAACUUGGACAUGGCGAGACCGCCCUGGAGUUGAAUGUUCUUCUCUCAGAAGCUGUGAGAAUGGAAGAGCCCAAUGUUGCUUUGGAAAUCGUUUACCAUCCAGACUUUGCCGACUUGGAAUUUUCAUUGAAGGAUCGUGGCGCGUGGCUCCGAACCUUGGCCGUCAGUGGUUUCGCGACGGCCUUCGAAGCUCUGGUGGAACAUGAACGCGUCGGAGAAAUUGAAGGGGUGCUCGAUGAAGGCACCGAUGUGAGGAAGAGUCCCAAGUUUCAUGCAGCUGCGGCCAAGAAGGGUGGACCUCCUGGCAACGCGACGGGUCCUGGAAACAAUACGACGGCACUGCACCAUGCGGCCAAUGAGGAGACGGAGACGACAAUACAGGCCAGACAGCCCUACACCGGGCAAGUUCUCCUGGCGUCUGUGCUGAAAUUCUCAAAGAUCCUUCCUUUGCGCCUAGAUUCCUUCGGUCGCAGCGCCGUGCAUCUGCUGGUUCGCAGUGAAGCCAUGUCCACGGUGCUGCUGAAAGAUCCGCUGGACACCAUGACUUCGGAGCUGUUGGAUCUGCUGGACAUGGCAUGGGGAUGCGGAGCUGUCGACCUCAAAGGUCGUAGCGCUCUCCACUUCGCCGCUACGGGCACCGUGUGUCAGCUGCUCUUCGCGGCGGGUUUCACUGCCGUGAACGCCUUAGACAAGAGCAACCGCAGCGCCUUGCAUGCGGCGCGCAACGUGGGAGUGGCUCGUGCCAUCCUGGAGCAUCCGGGGUUCAAGGAGCUCAACGUAGCGUGGCAGCCCGGGGCCUGCAGCACGGACACCAUGACCACGGCGCUGACGCAGUUCACCGCCAUCAGCGAUGACGCGAUGGUCCUGGAGUUGCUGAAGCACCCGAGACACGAGGCGGAGUCGCUUCAAGCUGCAUUGGAAGUCUCUCGGGGUCUGAAAGCUGCGACCAAGGCGCUAACUUUCACUGACUCGUGGUGCGUGGCGUGGCGAAGCGGCGAAGCGCUUCGCAGCGCUUCGCAGCCGGCCUUUGGCUCUUGCUCAUGUACAGACGGGUCCUUGAUCCAUUUGAUGCGCAAAUUGGUUGAAAAGACUCCACCGAUCCUCCC